AUGGCGCCGCAACAGCCAAAUUUUGGGCUCUUUGUGGGUUUGAACAAAGGGCAUAUCACUACCAAGAAAGAGCUUGCACCACGCCCCUCUGAUAGAAAGGGGAAAACCAGUAAGCGAGUACAUUUUGCCAGAAGUCUCAUUAGGGAAGUUGUUGGGUUUUCUCCUUAUGAGAAGCGAAUCACGGAGCUUCUUAAAGUUGGAAAAGACAAGCGUGCACUGAAAGUUGCUAAAAGAAAGUUGGGCACCCACAAGAGAGCAAAGAGGAAGCGUGAGGAGAUGGCAUCCGCUCUUCGAAAAAUGAGAGCUCCUGGAGGUGGAGAGAAGAAGAAAUAGGCAAUUGAAUUUCCACAUAGACCUUUUUAGCGAAGGAGUAAC